ACAGAAGCUGAGAGGCAGAAGAUUAUGUCUGAGUUUGAGCAGCUGCAUCAGUUCCUGAGGGAACAAGAGCGACUCCUGCUGGCCCGGCUGGCAGAGCUGGACCAGGAGAUUGUGAAACUGCAGGAUGAAAAUGUCAUCAAACUCUCCAAGGAGAUUUCCCGUCUCAGUGAGCAGAUCAGUGAGCUGGAGGGGAAGUGCCGGCAGCCAGCCAGUGAAUUCCUGCAGGACAUCAGAAGCACCAUGAGCAGGUCUGAGGAGGGGAAGUUCCAGCAGCUGCUGGAGGCUUCUUCUGAGCUGGAAAGGAGCCUCAGCAAUUUCUGUCAGAAAAAUAUUGCUGUAAAGCUGACCCUGAACAAACUGAAAGAUGUUCUGCCAUUGGAACUGAAGACAGGAAAGGGGAAAUCCAUGGGAUCAGAUGAGAAGGCGAGUGUGACUCUGGAUCCAGACACGGCUCAUCCCCGGCUUCUCCUGUCUGUGGAUCGGAAAAUUUUGACCUGGGACGUCAUACGGCUGAACCGUCCUGAACAUCCCCAGAGAUUUGAUUCGUCUCCUUGUGUGCUGGGCUGUGAGGGAUUCACCUCAGGGAGACAUUGCUGGGAGGUGGAGGUGGGGCAUGGGACAGCCUGGGCUGUGGGGGUGGCCAGAGAGUCUGUGAAGAGAAAGGAGGAGCUCAGUGCGGCACCUGAGGGGGGGAUCUGGGCUGUGCAGAGGUGGGGGUUCCAGUUCCAGGCUCUCACCUCCCCUCCAACCCCCCUGUCUCUGAGCUGCGUCCCCAGCAGGAUCCAGGUGUCUCUGGACUGUGAACAGGGGCAGGUGGCAUUUUUCAGUGCUGAUAGCGAGGCCCCGAUCUUUACUUUCCCACCAACCUCAUUCACGGGGGAGAGACUCCGCCCUUUCUUCUGGGUCUGGGGUGUAGGUUCCCAACUCACUCUCUAUUCCUGAGGCACCCGGUGGCACAUGGCUCCCAGUCCCAUGAAACGAGCUUCUCCGGCCUCUGAUAUCCUAGUCUCUUUGGCCCUGCAUGGCUCCCAUGUUCUUGCAGAGACAUUUAAAUGCAAAGUGAACAGACCAGAAAAGCUGCUGUCUCUGCCCCAUCGUGGGUCUCUCCUGCUUGUCUCUGUCUCUCUCCCUCUGAAGGACCAUGACAGCCCUGCAAGGACUGGAAAAUAGGGGUUCACAGCUUGCCUGUCUCUGAAGGGGGCAGGAGGGUUUCCAGGAGCCCCAAGACUUGUAUGACUCCGUGGUCCCACAAAAGAGAACAUGCAUAUCAUGUGAAGGGAACCUAGUCAUGGCUGUAAUGCAUUGCUCAAACUGUGACCUGCAGAGAGCUGUCUGGCUCCUCCCCCUUGUUUUCAGCUCCUGUGUUGCAUUAAAAUAGCCUUAGGAUUCCUUCCCCAGGUGAGCGGUUGCUGUGGUUGUCCCAGGGAUGUUGAGGAGUGGGGAGGUGGGCCCUGCAGUCAUGUCUGAGAGAGAAAAUGGUCUGUGAGUCACUAUAUCUACUGGGGUGGGUGUACACUGUGUUUAGCCUCACAACACUUCUGUGAGGUGGGGAAAUGCUGUUACCCCAUUUCAGAGAGAGGAAUGUCCAGCACAGAGCAGAUAAAUGACUUGCCUGAAGUCACAUAGGAAGACAGUUACAGAGCAGGGACUUGAACCUGGGUCUUCCAAAUAAACAGCUAAACCACCAGACCAGCCUUCUUCUCUGCAUUAGGAGCCUGGGAAAGGAGGAUAAAGACAAAGCUACACGCAGGGAAAAUAUAUUAGUAAAGUUUGUCUAAUGAUCCUCUCACUGUCCCUCCCCACAAUCACUGGGCCAGCCCUGUGCAGAGUCAGGUGAUCACAGUGGACAGGACCUGAGUACAUGGUGGGAAUGAAAAUAGAUUAUUUUUUCAGGCCUGCUCUGAAAUGCUCAGGCUGCCUCUGAAUGCCCAGUUAUGUUCUGUGCUCAGCUUUCGGGCCCCGCUGCCCAAAGCCCUUCCUCUUGCCUGGUCUGUUUGUGUUCCCUAGAUAAACUUCUCCACCUGGGCCCUGCUGUUUCUAAACAGAUCCCUUUGGAGGAAGAGAUGAGAAACAGAGAAACAUACAUCUCUCUGUCACCCACAAUCUCUGCAACUCCCUGCCCUUCUCUGGUGGGGAUCUACAGUAAAAAAGAGUCUAUUUGGGCUCUGAGCUGAUAAAGCUGC